GGCCGCCAAAACAUGAAAAAUGUUGACGAGAUAAACACUUAAAAUGUCCAGUCUUUCAAACACCAUGAACGAAAGGCAUCAGGAGAUCCAAGUUUGGCUGGAGAAUGUAUUUGGAGGAGAGUCAGUACCUUCUUACGAGCUGAACAAGACUACUAUUCAUGUGUUGUACAAUCUAAUGAAGAAAAAUAGGUCUAUGGAUGAGGAUACACAACUGGUCAUAGCAGACUUACGACAGAAAACACAAGAAUAUAAUGCAGAAGCUGGAAGACUGGAACGUGUACUGAAAGGUGUCAGUAUCACAUCUUCAGUGUUAUCUCAGUCCGGUAUAAUGAGUGUAAGAAAUCUGGCUAAUGUCGCCCUACUGCUGCAAAUCAAGGACAUUUCUGAUACCAAUUAUAUGCUGGCAUUACAAGCCCUACAGGAUGAGUUGUACAAAACAGAAGAAAUUUAUUGCCAAGAACAGACAAUUUUGCAAGAUCUUCGCGACAAAACUAAGACUGCUCUUCAGAAAUAUAAUACUAUCAAAAGGAGCCUUGCAAUGUUACAGCAGGAGGCGAAGAGUCAACAGCCACAGAUGGAAGGAAAGGCAAAAGAGACAGUGUUCUCUCGUAGCAAAGCCAAAGAGUACAAGGAAAAGAUUAGUCAACUUCAGAAAGUUUUGUCAAGUACUGGAGUAGAUUCAUCAAUAUACCACAGAGAACUUGUUCACAAGUCGGAGGAGCUUCAGAAGCUGAAGGACCAAAUGGCACCUCUCAAGGCAAAGUUACAAACUUAUCACAGUCUUCCUCCAGACAUUUCGUUAACAAAAGUAAAGCUGGAGGAAUUGAAGAGAGAAGUGGAUAUGCUGGAGUCAGAAGUGUGUAAAAAUAUUGACUUGAUGCAUAUGUGAAAACACCACAAGGAAGAUCUACAGGAUGAAGUGUGGUAAUUGUCCAGGACAGCAGUAGUGCCUGGAAUACAAAGAAAUUGUGAUCGGCUGUAGACAUUUCGCCAUGCCAACAGUUAUACUUCACUGUAUACUUCUUACAAAAGAGGUUUCUUCAAGAUCUGUGUUUGGUUUAAUUGACAAGGACAUGAAAUUGGAAGACAUUGCUUCACAGCUUACUGUGUUGAUAUAAUUGAGGGUAUGCAAGGAUCUUUGGUCAUAAACCUUUACUUUAACAUGAUCUGACCUUGACAUUUACCUUUACAUGGUCUGAAAUUGACACCAACAUUUCUUGUCUGACCUUGACUCUUUUACCUAGUAUGACCUUGACCUGUCUCAGGUAAAGUCCAUUGUUAUGAAAUGUGUUAUAGAAUCCAUGGUAGAAAAAUGUGAAGUCUUACUGCUUCACUGAUUAGUGCCAUGUUGUUCUGCAUAUUUUCCUACAACAUCACUAUUACAAUAUUGAUCCAUUUUCUUAAGUUGGCAUCUUCUCACAUUUUGGAUCUCGUUAGAAACAUUCAUACUGAUUUGAAUGAAAUCUGAAGAUUUUGAUCAGAUUGAUAAAUUUCGAAAUUCCAUGUGUUCAAAUCCUUUCAGGUUUUAUAGCAAAAAGCAGUUUUUAAGAAGAAAAAAUUAUUUGAAUAUAAGAAACUCAAUUCUCAAUCAUUGUCACCAGAAAUUGAUUUAUUUGGUGAAGGAAAAACAAAAACAGGGAAAUAUUCUUGAAAAAUAGCAAACAGAGUUCAGUUUAUCUAGAGAGGUUUGAAUUUUGACUUGGGGGGAAAAAAGAGAGAAUUUUAUUUUCAUAUCUUCAUGAAAAACGGUCAUUGUUAUUUUUUUAUGUACUACAUGUUGGCUCUAUGUUGUAUUUUCUAUUUUUCCUGACUAGCCACAGACAACCUUAAAACAAUAUUUAUACAGUACCUGUAUUUGUAUUUUUUAGGUCUAUUUACUUGUUGUUGAAAGGUAAUCAAUUUCAUUUUGACUGUGAUGUUUAAU